CUGCUCGCUUGCUUCAUCACCCUCAUGGACCGAACCUCGCCAGCCUACGCCGCCGCCCUCGCCGGGUCCGCGCAGUGGGACACGGCGCGCAACGAACCAUACCUCCAGCUCCCCUCGUUCCCCGACCUCCGCCUCAUCCCCUAUCGCCCGGGCAUCGCCGGCGAUCUGGUCGCGCUGUUCAACCACCACGUCGUCGGCAAACGGCUGUUCACCCUGCCGUAUCCGUGCGUCGUCGGUCUGAGGCACACUGACGGCAGCAUGGACCGCGCGUUCGCGGAGAAGAUGGAGGCGGACCUGAUUGCCAAGCAGGCGCCGGUGCUUGCGCGGCUGCGUGCGCGGAGAGAGGGGCAGAGGGAGGGGGAUGACGAGGGCGAGGUCGCGUGGCCGUUCAAGGCGUUGUGGAGCGAGGCGGAGGGACGGGUCGUCGGCGACAUCUACUUGUGGCCCAAUACACUCGAGCCGGUGUGGGAUGAGCGGGGAAAGAUGGAGGGGAGUGGGGAGACACAGAUCACCGAGGCCAGCGUGCUCGCCCUCCCGCCUGCCCGGCAGAGCUGGAUGAUCGGGUACGUGCUCGAGCCCGCGCUGUAUGGGCGCGGGGUCAUGUCCGAGGCGAUCGGAUGUGUGCUGCAUGGUUGGGUGCGGCCUGUGAUGGGCAUUGGCGAGGUUGUGGCGAUCAUCCAGGAUGAUAAUGUCGGAAGUGAGGCUGUGGCGAAGCGGAACGGUUUUGUGUACCGCCGCGAAGAGGUCACGCCGUGGCCUGAGGAGAAGGGGGGCGGUAUCCAUGUCAACGGGUAUUACACGCGGGAUAUGAGGGCGUGAUAUGCAAAGCGAUGACAGGUUGGG